UGGGAAGCUCUCAAAGCUUCACCAAUGGCAGACAUUACACACCUUCCCAUGGAACAGCUCCAAGACCUUGAAUACUGCAUAGAUUCCAAUCCUCCAUGGGCUGAAACCAUCUUCCUGGCAUUUCAAAACUACAUAUUAAUGUUGGGAACAAGUGUCAUGAUCCCCACAGCACUCGUUCCAUUAAUGGGUGGAUCUGAUGGAGACAAGGCACAAGUGAUACAAACGUUGCUAUUUGUAGCUGGCAUUAAUACACUUCUCCAGGCACUCUUUGGAACCAGGUUACCGGCCAUUGUUGGAGGCUCCUUUGCUUAUGUAAUCCCCAUCCUCUACAUUAUUAGCGAUUCAUCUCUGCAACGAAUUACUGAGCCUCAUGCCAGAUUUAUAGAAACAAUGCGAGCUAUCCAAGGAGCUUUGAUUGUUGCUGCAAGUAUACAGAUCAUCCUGGGGUACAGCCAAGUUUGGGGCCUCUUUUCCCGGUUUUUCAGCCCUCUAGGUAUGGCUCCUGUGGUUGGAUUGGUUGGGUUGGGACUAUUUCAGCGAGGAUUUCCUGCGCUAGGGAAUUGCGUAGAAAUCGGGAUACCAAUGCUACUGUUGGUUGUUGGAUUGUCGCAAUAUCUAAAGCAUGUGAGACCACUGAGGGAUUUCCCCAUUUUCGAACGGUUUCCUGUAUUGAUAUGCGUCACAAUCAUUUGGAUCUAUUCCCUACUACUGACAGCUAGUGGGGCCUACAGACACACACCCAUUCACACACAAGUCAGUUGUCGUACAGACAGAGCGAAUCUCAUAUCAACUGCUCCAUGGUUCAAGUUUCCGUACCCUCUGCAGUGGGGCCCACCUACUUUUGAUGCUGGUCAUUCAUUUGCCAUGAUGUCUGCAGUUCUUGUGUCAAUGAUUGAGUCAACUGGUGCUUACAUAGCUGCAUCUCGGUUGGCAAUUGCCACUCCACCUCCUGCCUAUGUAUUGAGCCGGGGCAUUGGCUGGCAGGGGAUAGGUAUUUUGCUUGAUGGUCUUUAUGGAACAGGCACUGGUUCUACUGUAUCAGUGGAAAAUGUGGGGCUUCUUGGACUCACUCGAGUUGGAAGUCGCAGAGUAGUUCAAAUUUCUGCUGGCUUCAUGAUAUUCUUCUCUAUGUUAGGGAAAUUUGGCGCUGUUUUCGCAUCUAUACCCUUCCCCAUAUAUGCUGCAUUAUACUGUGUUCUAUUUGGCCUUGUAGGUUCUGUUGGCCUAUCAUUUCUUCAAUUCACGAAUAUGAAUUCUAUGAGGAGCCUCUUUAUAACAGGCCUCUCACUCUUUCUUGGGAUAUCUAUUCCUCAGUUUUUUAAUGAAUAUUGGACUCCCACACGUAACGGUCUUGUAAAAACAAAUGCUGGAUGGUUCAAUGCAUUCUUGAAUACGAUAUUCUCGUCACCGCCAACAGUGGGGUUGAUUGUUGCUGUGUUCCUAGACAACACAUUAGAGGUGGAGAAGUCGAAGAAAGAUCGAGGGAUGCCAUGGUGGUUGAAGUUCAGAACAUUUAGAGGAGAUAACCGAAAUGAAGAGUUCUACACUUUGCCAUUCAACCUCAAUAGAUUCUUUCCACCUACAUAGCCAACGUUGAUGAUCAUUAUUCUCCUCCCCCCACCACCACCCCACAAACACACACCCCACAGCCUAGCUAAUCCCUUUUACAAUUCCAAUUCAUUAACAUGAUGGAUCAGUGUUCUUUGAAGCUGAAUCUCCUAGUUCAUGUUAAAGCAACUUAGAAAAUGCUAAUUUUCUCAUCAUAGCAUUAGUUAAUAUUUUUUUUGUGGGCCUUUGUGUAGCAAAAGGUCCCAUAAUAGGAUUGUAGAGCUCCCAAAAUGUUUUGUAGGUUCUCAUCUCUCUAUUGAAAUAAAAUGAAGG